AUGUCGAUGUUGCGGUCAAUGUUUCGUGAAUGUAAGGUCAUUACCCGGUUUAUUCCAAAUUAUGGUCAUAUUACCCCUAAAGUGAAUAUAUUGCAGUGCAAAGCAACAUAUAGAACUAUCCAUGAAGGAAGUGACGGUAGCGCAUACACGCCACCAAAUCUGUCGGAGAUUCCACGAAGGUGGCCUGUUAUGAAAAAUAUGGCGUUACAAGAAGAAAUUAAAGAGUACCUCGAUUGGAAAAUGCAGGGACCCUGGCAAGAGAUGACUCGUGAGGAGAAAGUUGCUUCAUUUUAUCUCGCAUACGGUUUAUGGGGUCCUAGAGCUGGUGUCAGAAAGGAAGCUAAUCUUGGUAAAGAUACAGAGAUUAAUAUUACGUACUUCAUAUUUAGAGUCCUAUUCAAUGUCACUUUACUAGGGGCACUAGGCGUCUCGUACAUCAAUUGGAAGUACGACAAAGAGAGAGAAAAAGAGAUGGAGGACAAUCAACUUUGA